CGCAGCUGCACCGUCCUCCUCCGUCGCCUGCCGCCAUGGAGGUGUACCCCCAGCGCCGGCUGGGGCUACCCCGCGCGCGGUCCUCCGGCGGCUCCCGCCGCGGGUCACCCUCCGUCAGUUGCAGCCGACUCCGCCAGGUUCAGAGCAUCCUGACCCAGAGCAGCAAGUCUCGGCCUGAUGGGAUCCUCUGCAUCCUAGGAAUCGAUAGCAGGUACAAUGAAGGCUGCAGAGAGCUGGCAAAUUAUCUUCUGUUUGGUUUGUACAAUCAGAAUACUAGUGAUUUUGAGAAAACGGGAUUUUCUGAAGAAGUUCUAGAUGAUGUAAUUAUAUUGAUUAAAUCAGAUAGUGUCCAUCUGUACUGUAAUCCUGUAAACUAUCGCUAUCUCUUACCCUAUGUGGCACAUUGGAGAAAUCUGCAUUUGCACUGCAUGACAGAAAAUGAGUAUGAAGAUGAGGAAGCUGCAGAGGAAUUUAAAAUUGCUAGCUUUGUGGAUAUGGUUCGAGACUGUAGUAGAAUUGGCAUACCUUACAGCUCUCAAGGUCACUUGCAGAUAUUUGAUAUGUUUGUGGUGGAGAAAUGGCCAAUUGUACAGGCCUUUGCACUUGAGGGCAUUGGAGGGGAUGGAUUUUUUACCAUGAAAUAUGAGUUGCAGGAUGUGAGUUUGAAUCUAUGGAAUGUCUACAGCAAGAUGGAUCCUGUGUCCCUGGAGAGUUUGCUUUCAGAAGAUUUGGUGGCUUUUGAACAUCAGUGGACUAGAUUCUUUGCUAAUUUUGACACAGAAAUUCCUUUCCUGCUGGAACUUUCAGAAUCUCAGGCAGGUGAGCCUUUCAGAAGUUACUUCAGUCACGGAAUGAUCUCCAGUCAUAUAACUGAAAACAGCCCUAAUAGGCAGCCAUUCGUUCUCUUUGGUAAUCACGCCACACGAGAAAACCUGAAUGCUGGCAACUUUAACUUUCCUUCUGAAGGGCACCUGGUACGCAGCACUGGUCCUGGUGGGAACUUUGCCAAACACAUGGUAGCACAGUGCGUCUCACCAAAGGGACCUCUUGCUUGUUCAAGAACAUACUUUUUUGGAGCUACUCACAUUCCAUACUUGGGUGAUAACCAUAAGCUGCCCAAGAAAAUGGAACAAAUUAGGCUCUUGUCCCAGGUAUAUGCUGCUGUUAUUGAGGCUGUCUUGGCUGGCAUUGCAUGUUAUGCUAAAACUUCCAGUCUAACAAAGGCCAAGGAGGUAGCAGAGCAGACCCUGGGAUCUGGCUUAGAUUCCUUUGAGUUGAUUCAGUUUAAGGCAGCCCUACGAUCAAAGAUGACUUUUCAUAUACAUGCUGUGAAUAAUCAGGGAAGAAUUGUGCCUCUGGACAGUGAAGAUGGCUUAUCCUUUGUGAAGACGGCUUGUAUGACCAUCUAUGACAUUCCUGACUUGCUGGGAGGAAGGGGGUGCUUAGGAUCUGUGGUCUUCUCAGAAUCAUUUUUGACAUCUCACAUCUUGGUUAAAGAAAAGGAUGGCACUGUUACCACAGAAACCAGCUACACAGUCCUGACAGCCGCCAUACCCAGAUUCUGCUCCUGGCUGGUAGAAGAUAAUGAAGUAAAAUUGUCUGAGAAAACCCAGCAAGCAGUGAAGGGAGAUGAGUGUUUCCUGGGUACUUUUCUAACAGGAGGAGACGGAGCAUAUCUUUAUUCCAGCACUCUACAGUCUUGGCCUGAGGAAGGGAAUGUGCAUUUCUUCUCUAGUGGCCUUCUGUUUUCUCACCAUCAUUGUGGAAGUAUCACCAUUUCCAAGGAUCACAUGAAUUCCAUUUCCUUCUAUGAUGGGGAUUCCACCAGUAUUGUUGCUGCCCUUCUCAUAGACUUCAAAAGCUCGUUGCUUCCUCAUCUCCCAGUUCAUUUCCUUGGAUCAAGCAAUUUUCUGAUGAUUGCGCUUUUCCCCAAAUCAAAGAUAUAUCAAACAUUUUACUCAAAGGUCUUCACCCCUUGGCAACAGCAGGAUAACUCAGGGCUGGCUUUAAAAGUGAUCCAAGAAGAUGGAUUAUCUAUGGAACAAAAGAGAUUACACUCCAGUGCACAGAAGCUCUUCGAUGCCCUGAACCGUCCUGCUGGGGAGAAACAGAGUUCUCUAAAGCUACUCUCAGCCAAGCUCCCAGAGCUGGACUGGUUUCUCCAACAUUUUGCUGUUAGCAGCAUUAGUCAGGAGCCGGUGAUGCAGACUCAUCUUCCUAUCCUGCUGCAGCAAACUGAAAUCAACCCUACUCACAGAGUAGAAAAUGACAAGGUAAUUAUCAGCAUUGUAACCGGCCUCCCAGGUUGUCAUGCUAGCGAGCUCUGUGCUUUUCUGGUCACUCUGCAUAAGGAAUAUGGCAGGUGGAUGGUAUACCGCCAAAUCAUGGACAGCUCCGAGUGUUUUCAUGCUGCCCACUUUCAGAGAUACCUUUCCAGCGCCCUGGAGUCCCAACAGAACCGUUCUGCCCGCCAGUCAGCCUACAUCCACAAGAAGACCAGACUGCUGGUGGUGUUACAAGGCUACACAGAUGUUAUUGAUGUUGUCCAGGCCCUGCAGACCCACCCAGACUCAAAUGUCAAGUCCUCCUUUGCCAUUGGUGCCAUUACGGUGUGCAUGGAGCCCCUGAGCUGCUACAUGGAGCACAGGUUUCUCUUCCCUAAAUGUCUUGACCAGUGUUCACAAGGCCUGGUGAGUAAUGUGGUGUUCACCAGUCACACCACAGAGCAGAGGCACCCUCUCCUUGUUCAGCUGCAGAGUCUCAUCAGGGCUGCCAAUCCCACUGCAGCCUUCAUUCUUGCAGAAAAUGGGAUUGUCACCAGGAAUGAAGACAUUGAGCUGAUUCUCUCAGAAAAUAGUUUUUCAAGUCCUCAGAUGCUACGAUCUCGAUAUUUAAUGUACCCUGGCUGGUAUGACGGUAAAUUUGAUGCUGGAUCAGUCUUCCCACUAAUGGUUCAGAUCUGUGUAUGGUUUGGCCGUCCCUUGGAGAAGAAUCGCUUUGUGGCCAAGUGUAAAGCAAUUCAAUCGUCCAUCAAGCCAAGUCCCUUCUCUGGAAACAUCUACCACAUCCUGGGCAAAGUGAAGUUUUCAGACUCUGAGAGGACCAUGGAGGUCUGCCACAACACUCUGACCAACUCCUUGAGCAUUGUGCCAGUUUUGGAGGGACCCACACCACCACCCGCCUCCAGAAGCACACCUCCAGACAGCAGCGGGCAGCAGGAGUGCUACCUUGUAUUCAUUGGCUGCUCCCUGAAGGAAGACAGUGUCAAGGACUGGCUGCGGCAAUCAGCUAAGCAGAAGCCUCAGAGGAAAGCCCUGAAGACCAGGGGGAUGCUGACCCAGCAGGAGAUCAGGAACAUCCAUGUGAAACGCCACCUGGACCCCCUACCUGCAGGCUACUUUUAUAAUGGUACCCAGUUUGUUAACUUCUUUGGUGACAAGACUGAUUUUCAUCCACUCAUGGAUGAGUUCAUGAAUGACUAUGUGGAAGAAGCCAACCGGGAAAUUGAGAAGUAUAACCGCGAGCUGGAACAGCAGGAGUAUCACGACCUCUUUGAGCAGAAGCCCUAGAGGAAGGCUGGUGGCCCCUCCCUGAAGGGGCUAUCUCCUUGGCUAUGUGUGCUUGCUUGAGUGCAUGUUGUCUUUAUUCUCUAUACAGUGCUGCAGAGCAUCACCUACACCACUGAUUUGGGGGAAGGGUCCUCAAGGAUGAGCAGACAGGAACUGCCUUGGGUGGGGAACUAGCAGUCCAGGAGCUCUGGGUCUCUGGUAACAGUACCUCCUUUGGGCUGUUGAGGCACUGUGAUGGGGAGAAGCAUUUGGAUUGUGCAGAAGAGCUGCUGGGACUUAGAAGGAACCCUGGCUGCCUGAACUGUGGCAGUGCCUGGAAGGCCAGCUACCUCAGGCCUCAGACACUGCCCCAGGAGAUCCCUCAUCCCUAAUGGACUGCCUGACUCCCCUGCUUAGGCCCCUUCCAUUAAGGGAGCUGGUGGCUCUGCUGGCCCUGGGUCCAGUCUCUGGGGGGAGCAGCACAAGCCCUGCCCAAGCCCAACUCACAGAGCCAGGAGCUUGGGCUGAGAUCAACAGCUUGUUCUGAAAUGAGGGGAUUUCCCUUGUGGACUAAACUGAGGGAAAAGGCAUGUUGCUUUCCAGGAGUAUGUGGCUCUUGAGUUGCCAUAAGCAGUACUUUGCCCUUGUGAUGGGUUUUUGAACUCUCCUCUGGCAUCACUCGCGUUUCCGUAAUUCAGGGACAAGAACAAGCAUGUUGCCCAAGCCCCAUUGGCAGUGCUUUGCCUCACUGUUGAGGGAAGCAUCCUGCAUCUGGUUAGUCUUACGCCUGGGGUCUCAUCACUUAUGGGGUGUCCGUCUCCAGCACCCAGCUCUUCCCCCAACCUUGUCAAGGAAGGCCUGCUUUUUAGCUACAAACUUCAGGAAAUUCAUGCCCCCCAAGCAUUUUUGCUGGCCCUGGAUUUGUUUGGCUCCUGAGGACCAAGAAUGUCAAAGAAUUCCAAUACCCAAGUUAGAAUUCCAGUGGCUUUGUUUUCAGCUGGACCAUAAAGCAGAGGGGAAUUACAAGUAUGUCCCAUGCCUGACCUUCGUAAUUAGUGUGGGGAAUGGGGUGGGGGACACAGGCACUAAUAUUUAGGUGAUGUCUGUCCGGACUUAGCGCCUCAGCUGCCUGGAUUGUAAAUGUUUUCUGAAUCUCACGUUUUUUGCAUGCCUUAGGAAGAAGCACAUAGGUGAAACCAGCAAAGUUUCAAAGUUUAGUAAUGUAGAGGGGUUUUUGAAAAAGGCCCCUGGUGCAGGGGAGAGAUAGGAUGGAGCACAUAUGGUCUGUGCCUGGUCACACAGAGGCCUGCAUGGAAGUAGCUAAGCAAUUGUCAAGGGCUUGUCAGUAAAAUAUACUUGUACUGGAAAAAACUAUUUGUAUUUGAAGCCAAACGAACAAAACUCUAAAUAUCAUUGAAUAAGAAAUCUUGCAUCAAGAAAGGCUUCUGAAAAGGUCCAUUUGCUCCAUUCCUAGCUCCAAAAGCCACUGGUGACAAGGGCCCCACUGUGGAAGCCCAAGUCUGGGAGCCCCUGACUUCUGGCUGGCCAGAGGUCCAUGAAGGGCCUGCCUCUGCUUCAGAAUCAAUAACAUAGAUCUUAAGUGCAAUUGAUUAAUAAGCAAUGAGUUACUGUAGCUUCCUUUAGCUCUACUGAGCUCUUUUUAAAAACUCAAACUUGAGCAGCCUCAGA